AUGUUCCGCAGGAAGCCUGCUGCAGCAGACCAAGCCGAUUCGACGGCUACGUCCACUACGGCGGCCGGUGAGAUCAACAACGUCGAGGCGGAGAAAGGGCCUUUCAACGAUGAAUCCAAACUCCCGUUCAUGACACUCAGGACCUUCUUUAUGGCCGUUCUCGUCUCAUUUGGUGGUCUCUGCUUUGGAUACGAUACAGGUCAAAUCAGUGGUUUUCUAGAAAUGAACGAUUUCCUUAGCAAUUUUGCCGACCAAAAGAAUCCUCUCGCCUUCUCAAACGUUCGCUCGGGAUUGAUUGUUGGCAUGCUGUCAAUUGGCACACUGGUUGGCGCAUUGAUUGCAGGUCCCCUUGCAAACAACAAAAUCCUUGGCCGAAAAUAUUCGAUCUGCAUCUGGUGUACCGUCUUUUGCAUCGGCGUGAUUAUCCAAAUCAGCUCGCUUGGUCCACGCUGGUAUCAGGUCAUGAUUGGUCGUAUCAUCGCAGGUUUGGCCAUCGGUGGUCUAUCAGUGAUGGUGCCCGCGUACCAGGGCGAAUCGAGCCCUCGACAUAUUCGUGGCGCUAUUGUCUGCUCUUAUCAACUCUUCAUCACGAUCGGAAUCUUGAUUGCCAAUCUCAUCAACUUUGGCACGGAAAGCAUCCACAACACAGCCUCGUGGCGUAUACCCAUGGGUAUCGGAUUCUUGUUUGCGAUCACUCUCGGAUUCGGUAUACUCUUUUUCCCCGAAACACCUCGACACGACUAUCGCCAUGGAAAGAUCGAUAACGCUACGAACAGCAUCGCCAAGUUCCACGGCGUGUCCGCCAGACACAGCGUUGUCAGGGAUCAACUCAUGGAAAUGCAGGAGAAGUUCGAACUGGAGCAAGAGGGUGGAAAGCAUCCUUGGUACGAGGUGCUUACCGGCCCAAGAAUGUUCUACCGAACGAUGCUUGGGAUGGUCAUCCAGGCUCUUCAGCAGCUGACUGGUGCGAAUUACUUCUUUUACUACGGUACCACCGUCUUUGCCAGCGUCGGCCUGAGCAAUUCCUAUGUGACCCAGAUCAUUCUCGGUGCUGUGAAUGUCGGAACCACAUUUCCCGGUCUGUACUUUGUCGAGAAGUUCGGCCGACGUAAAUGUCUCAUGAUCGGAGCUGCAUGGAUGUUCAUGUGCUUCGUGAUCUUUGCAUCAUUGGGCCAGUUCGCUCUGAAGAACGGCGACGGCACCAACAAUCAGGGCGUCGGGUAUGCCAUGAUCAUCUUUUCAUGCUUGUUCAUCGCCGCGUUCGCCUCGACAUGGGGUCCGAUGGCAUGGGCAGUGACGUCUGAAAUCUAUCCUUCGCGAUACCGAUCUCAAGCUAUAGCCAUGUGCGCUGCAAGCAACUGGCUCUUCAACUUUCUGAUUGCAUUCUUCACGCCCUUCAUCACCGGCGACAUCAAUUUCGCCUACGGCUACGUCUUUGCAGGAUGUAACUUGUUCGCCGUGUUCUUCGUGUACUUCUUCCUUCCCGAAACAUCAGGUCGCUCUCUCGAGGAGAUCGACACCAUGUUCCUACUCGAAGUCAAGCCUUGGAACAGCGCAAAAUGGGUCCCACCCAAGCCCGAGGAUCUCAUUACUGCCGACAAAUUGCGAUUGAAUACCGGUGCUAGAGGCAUCACGAAGAAGCAGGAAGCUGGCGGUGGUGAGACAGAACAGCAGGAAACGCUGAUGACUCGAUCGCAAGCUCAAAACGACUUGCCGCACGUCCCGAUUGUGGAAGGGCCAGAAUAUCACCUCGGCGCCGGUGUCAGAGGGAACUCUUUCAUCCGUGCACACUAA